CGAGGGGCGUGGCAGAGCGAUUGGUACGGCCUGAGCCCUGCGUGCUCUGCGCGCUGCGGACUCUUUGCGUCUGCGUAGUUCACCCAACUCCUUUUCUGCCUCCGCUGCGGCGAUGGCGCCAGUGAAAAAGCUUGUGGUGAAGGGGGGCAAAAAAAAGAAGCAGGUCCUGAAGUUUACUCUUGACUGUACCCAUCCUGUAGAAGAUGGAAUCAUGGAUGCGGCCAAUUUUGAGCAGUUUCUUCAGGAAAGAAUCAAAGUGAAUGGAAAAGCUGGGAAUCUCGGAGGAGGUGUUGUAACAAUCGAAAGAAGCAAAAGCAAGAUCACUGUAACUUCCGAGGUGCCUUUUUCCAAAAGGUAUUUGAAAUAUCUCACCAAAAAAUAUUUGAAGAAGAAUAAUCUCCGUGAUUGGUUACGCGUAGUUGCUAACAGCAAAGAAAGUUACGAAUUACGUUACUUCCAGAUUAAUCAAGAUGAAGAAGAGGAGGAAGAUGAGGAUUGAAACUCAGUUAUCUGGAGUAUUUUGUAUGAAUUCUUAAAUAAAAUUUAGGAAACAAAAUGGUGGCUUUCCUUGUAUCUCUGCAGUGUGGAUUGAACAGAAAAUUGGAAAUCAGAGUAAAAGGGCUUCACUUGGGCUGCCACUCACUUACUUGUAAUUAAACUUUUUUUCUGCUUGAAAAUUUCAGUUCUUUUGGUAGAAGUACCAAAAUGGAUAAGUCUCCUUCAAGGGAACUGACUACUGUCUGACAUUGAACAGGUGGAUGAGGGUGUGGAGAUGUGAGUUCAGUUAGUUACUAUUUUACCCAAAAAGGGGUGGGUCAGUUUCAUCUGGUACUUUUCUCAAAGAUUGAGGAGUACAAAUGUGGGAACUCCUGAUUCACUGAAAGCAGAUCCAGUGACUUGUUUCUGAGGUUCUUUUUUUGGGAAAGUGGCAGUGUCGAUAAAAUGCAGGCUUCUGGGGCAUUUUGUCUUUUCAUUUUCUGAUUACAAAUUACUCUUGACGCACACGGUUACUAUGUAUGUUAAUCCUUUUUCUUCCCGUAGAAAUAAAAUGUGGUCCUGUUGCUUCGCAUAUUCUACUACCCCUCGGGAAAGGGUCAGGAGAGCGACUGUAAAAGUCGCAGGUGUUCAAUUAAGGAGAGGUCUACAAAAUACGAAUUUGUAAAUAAUCAUUGUUUCUACAAGUCUUUGCACCAGACUGUCACUUUGAACCCCACCAGGGGGAGCUGGAGAUGAGGAAUAGUGGAGCUUCCAAAGGUGGGUGUUGGUGAGGUUCCCUGGGGUCAAGAUCAGAAUCCCAGAGUUCUGGAGUCUUAAAGAACCACGGGGGCAGAUGUGAAAGAGAGGGGCCUGGGAGACAGGGUGAAGAGAAGUGUUGAGAUGCCCAGGGAGUAGUCCCUUUCACACCAUUUAGGCCACGGCUGGGCUUAAAAGUCAUUCUACAAACACAUUAAGCAGGGCCAGACUUAAAGGGCUUCCCACGAUAUUGGGGGUUCUGUCCUAUGUGUAGAGGCUAGAGAUCUGUGAAAGGUCAUUAAUGAGAUCAUAAAGAUGUGAUUGUUGCUGACAAUAUCAAGAGUGACUUUGAGAAGAGACCCUGAUGCCUUACGGUGCCCUCUAAAAUUUAAAUUUUACAGGAAUAUCUGCAUUGUCUUAAGAUUACGUUGUAUCAAAUUCAUGUAUUUCAAGAGCUUGCCUAGGGUGCCUUUCCACACCUGAAAUUCUUGUGAUCUUUCUAGUUGCAUAGCUGGAAAUUAAAUGUUUUGAGUCGUACCUUGGCUCCAAUUUAACAUUUGGUGCUCCUUGGGUUGAAUUUAACAUGUUGAGGCUUCGUAAUUUCAUUUGUGGUAAAGGCUCUAGCAUUUUCUAUUUCUAUGCAAAUUUCUUGAAGCAGAAUUGUUUGCAUGUUUCUCUGCCCUUGAGAAGGCAGUGUUUCUUUCAAAUUUAACUGAGGCAUCAGUUGCUCUUUGGUGCUGUCCAUUACCAUGAUUAUUAACUUUGUUAGCAAGUUUGUGACUUGGGUUUGCAAAUUUUACUUGUUUGUUGCAUUGAUGUUCCCUUGUAGUAAUUCUUAGUUCGGUUGUAAAAAAAAUUAGCCCUGGGCUGAAAUUAGCAUAUAAGUUUUUUUGUUUUUAAAACUAUUCCCAGAAUUUAAAACUUGUAAUAAAAUUGAAACUUCUUGGUUUUUCUA